AUGCAGCACCUAGUAGCUGCAGCCGUAUCUCCCGGCUUUGCCGCCACCCUUCGCUUCCCACCGACAGCAGCAGCAACAGCAGCAGCCUUGGCAACAGCAGCAGCAGCAGCAGCAGCAGCAGCAGCAAGCAACAUAGAGGACGGAGACGAGGUUGUGCGCCGUGGUGCUGCUGCGUACAGUCAGCUGCUUCGGGAGUCUACAGAGGAGGGAUCAGCUAGCAGCUGCUGGCAGCAGGUGAGCGAGCAGCUGCUGCUGCUGCAGCAGCAAACCCUUGAAGAUGCCUGCAGCAGCAGAGGAGAACCCUUUAGAGAGCUCAUCGCUCUCACCCGCCUCAACGACUUGCUGCGGCAGCUGCAGCAGCUGCAGCAGCUGCAGCAAAUGUCGGAAGGGGACUGGGAAGGGAGCUAUGAGCAGCAGCAACAGCAGCAGCAGCAGCAGCAGCAGGAGGAGGAAGCAGCAGCAAGAGCUGCAGCCGAAUCCACAGAAGCUGAAGACGAAGAUUCUGCUGCACCAACAGCAGCAGCAGCAGCAGCAGCAGCAUCAGCAGCAGCAGCAUCAGCAGCAAGAGGAGAGAAGAAGUUGGAGUUAAUACUAGGGGAUUCCCCGUCUUCUGUGUUGCCGCUGCAGCAGCUGCAGCAGCUGCAGCAGCUGCAGCAGCUGCAGCAGCUGCAGCAGAGGAAGCAGCAGCUGUACAGACAGUGCAUUGCUAUAACGCGAAGACAAACGGCGGGCUGCCAGCAGCAGCAGGCGAUGGACUUCGGCACAUUUGCCCUCGUCAGAGAACAAAUCAAUCACAUAGACAACAUUUGUUUUUUCUUACACAGCGCAGAGCGACAACGACGGGCUGAGGAGGCGGCCGUGCGUUUGUCUGCUGCUUCUGCUGCUGCUGCUGCUAGGAUGCAGCAGCAGCUGCAGCAGCUGGAGCAUAUGGGUAAGCUUCAGGAGCAGCUGCAGCUGCAGCAGCUACAAGGGGGUACAUACAUGCAGCAGCUGCUGCAGCAGCUGCAGCGGGGCCUAGAGGAAUCCUUUGCUAUGCUGCAGCAGCUGAAGGUGUUUCAUAGAGCUGUAGGCGAGUGGAUAGGGGGAGGAGAAGCAGCAGCAAUAUAUUUUGCUGCUGCUGCUGCUGCUUUUCUAUUGACUGCAACCAGAAGAGUUGCUGCUGCUAGGCUGCAGCUAUUCGGUCUUCUUGCUGCUGCUGCUGCAGCAGAGAUCGCACUACACCGUGGAGGCCUCUCUCCCCUCCUCAGCCUGUUGACGCAGCAGCAGCACAAGCCACGUACUGCUACUGCUGCUGCUGCUGCUGCUGCUGCACCUGCUGCUGCUGCUGCUGCUGCUUUUGGGAACCAGGACAGCAGCAACCUGGCUUGGGUUGCGGAUGCCGCCUGGGAAGCAGCAGCAGCAGCAGCAGCUGCUGCUGCUGCUGCUGCCGCUCAUGGUGUUUCGCUUAUUCGUUGGAGCUGUCUGCUGAUUGCCUGUUGGUUGUGGGUACGCUGCUUCCGCAGCUACACCAGCCCGGAGCAGCAGCUGCAGCAGCAGCUGUUGCUGCUGCAGCAACAAGUGUGUGGCGUGCGUCAGGAGCUGCAGCAGGCCCAAGCAGCAGGGGAGCCGAGAAUGCAGGAGAUGCAGCUGCUGCUGCAGCAGCUGCUGCAGCGCGUAGCUGCGAAAGACGCAGCUGUGCAGCAGCUGCAGCAGCUCCAGCGGCAGGAAGAGCAGCUGCGGCUGCAGCAGCAACCGGAAGCACAGCAGCAGCAGCAGCAGCAGCAACAGCAGCGCAGCUUGACCGCCCGUCUCGUCCGGUGUGUAGGCCGCCUGGCUGCUGGAAUCGUUAUCUCUGUAUUUUCUGUUUUUGCUGCUGCUGCUGCUGCCGCAGCAGCAGCAGCGUGGUGGUGUCUGCUUCUUCCGCUGAGGCUCUGCGGCCUCCGCCGAGCCAAAGGAAGCCACACACCCUCCUGCAGCAGCAGCAGCAGCAGCAGCAGCACCAACUGCAGCAGCAGCAGCAGCAACUGCAGCAAUACCAGCAGCACCUGCAGCACCAGUAGCAGCAGCAGUAAGGAAGGUCUUGCAACUUAUUCUCGGUCGGGGAGGCAUCUGCUGAGCUGUUGCAGCAGCAAGCCUCUGCAGCAGCAGCAGCAGCAGCAGCAGCAGCAGCAACGCCGCUGGCCUGGGUUGCCUCUGGCGCUGCGGCAGCAGUCGCUGCGGUAUAACGAAGACGAAGGAGAGGCAGCAGAUCCCUCCUAUCAGCCUUCAACCAGCAGCAGCAGCAGCAGCAGCAGCGAGUCGGAGUACGAGUCGCCUGCUGCUGCUGCUGAUCUUGCUGAUGCUGCUGAUGAUGCUGCUGCUGCUGCUGCUGCUGCUGCUGAUACUGUGGAAACAGACACAGCUGCUGCUGUUGCUGCUUCUCCACGUGCUGCAAAAAGCGCUGCUGCUGCUGCUGCUGCUGCUGCUACACAGCUGCUCGAGAGCAGCAAGGAUGCGACGAACUGCCUGCAGCAGCAACAACAGAAGCAGCAGCAGCAGCAGCAAAAGAAGCAGCAGCAGCAGCAAAAGCAGCAGCAGCAGCAGCAGCCGCUGCGGCGCAACCCUCCAGAGCGGCUCAAGUUGCUGCAGGGCCGCCGCCGGCGGGCGCCCAGCCCCGCUCUGACGGAGACGACAAGCAGCAGCAGCAACAGCAGCAGCAGCAGCAACAGCAGCAAGCAAAGCAACAGCAGCAGCAGCAGCAGCAGCAGCAACAGCAGCACGUCCACAGUUGAUCGCAGCAGCAGAAGCCCUUCAGCGCCGCAUGCAGCAGCUAAACCAUCGAAGAGAACACCUGCAAAGUCCCCCCAACCCAAACACGAACAAGAGCAGCAGCAGCAGCAGCAGCAGCAGCCACAGCAGCAGCAGCAGCAGCAGCAACAGCAGCAUCGGGUCUCCCCGUCGCCACCGACACGGAGAGGUCGAGGGAAACAGCAGCAGCAGCAGCAGCAGCAGCAGCAGCAACCGGUAAUACAGCAACAAUAG